AUGACGUUAUCACUCUUACAUAUUGUUGCGGCCACCUGCGCCUGCAACGUGAGGGAGGUGGCCAGCGUGCACGUGAUACCCAGCGGAGGCGACGAGUUGCGGCCGUCGCUUCACUUUCGACCCGAACUUUCACCUGCACGGACACACGAGCAUUCUUCACCGAUAACACCAGAAGAGUUGUUCAAUGAGUAUUUGGACACCCAUCCGGACGACGCAGAGUAUGCCCCGUCUGGAGCAACCGGAUCCAUGGUGUCGCCAUCGGGGUCGUACGGUCCGAUCCUCGUCGUCUACAUGACGUAUAAUGGUGCUACACCUGGAUACCCUGACCCUUUGAGCCUCGCAGGUGUUCAGGAUCUCUUCUGGCAGGUUCCAGGCUUCAACGACUCUUUGUAUCACAGCUCGUGGCACAAGCUCUGGUUGGACGCCGACAGUGUAGACUUCUUCCACAUGGAAGCGCCUGUAGACCCUGCGAAUUGGGGGAGCAGCCUGUGGAACGUGUACCGAAGCGUAAGCCAGCACGGUGCUUUUAUGACGCAGUACCAGACCAGAAGUUACACGAAUGUCAUGGUGCUGUAUCCUGGGAGCACAUUCAGGGCCAGUGCUUAUUUGCCAUCCUCCGGGAGCUGGAACGGGUGGUCCCAGUAUCAGGGCCAGGCCAUCACCUGGCAGACGUUCUUCCACGAGGUUGGGCACAACUGGGGACUCGUCCACUGCGGAGGGUACAACGCUGACGGGACGUUCAGCGAGUACCUCGACGAUGCGAUAAUGGGUUAUCUAGAAGGCACCGAAGUAUUCGGACCCCAAUGCUGUCACGCGCUACAGGCUCGGUUGGCUGACAGGGGCCGAGGUGGUGGAGUUUGUGCGAGGGUCUGA